CUCCGCCGCCGGAAACCACUAGAGGCCGCUGUGACUCCAAUGACAAUCGCGACAGUUGUUUCGUCUUGACGACUGAUGAUGACAUGUCAACAACAAACAUGGCAGCCAGCAGCAACUAUUGGGAAGAUUUGCGGAAACAGGCCAGACAGCUGGAGAACGAGCUGGACCUGAAGCUGGUGUCCUUCAGUAAACUCUGCACCAGCUACAGCAGCAGCAGCAGCCGGGACCAGAGGGCAAGAGACAGCAGGUCUGAUUCUGGUGGAUCGUCUCAAGACAAUAUGCUUGUUGCCAUGACUACAGAGCUGGAGCAGCUCUUGGCCAAUCUCACAGCAGUCAACAACAGAAUGGCAGAAUACACAAACACUCCGGGAACUUCAUCUCAACAUGCAGCAUUGAUGCACACCUUACAGAGACAUAGAGACAUUUUACAGGACUAUACUCAUGAGUUCCAUAAAACCAAGAGCAACUUCUUGAGCUUGCGAGAGCGAGAGGACCUGCUGGGCUCCGUUCACAGAGACAUUGAGUCCUACAAGAGCAGCUCAGGAGUGAAUAACAGGAGGACUGAGCUCUUCCUGAAGGAACAUGAACAUCUCAGAAACUCAGAUAGUCUUAUUGACAACGCAAUAAGUAUCGCCAUGGCUACCAAAGAGAACAUCAUGUUUCAGCGUGGGAUGCUCAAGUCCAUUCAGACCAGGGUCACGACUUUGGCCAAUCGUUUCCCAGCCAUCAACAAUCUCAUCCAGAAAAUCAAUUUGCGCAAGAGGCGGGACUCUUUAAUUCUAGGCGGGGUGAUUGGCGUCUGCACCAUACUCCUGUUGCUAUACACUUUCCACUGAUGCACCGGUUGGCUGACCAUGUUUUUAAAAAUGUUUUUAUAUUUUCUUCCUUCUAUUAUCAUUUACUUUCCUUAAAAUAAAGGGUUAAAGAGUUAAGAAGGGAUUUUAUUUUGAAAAUUAAAAAAGUCUUAAUUUGGAAGUUUAUUUAUUUUCUGAAUUCUAACAUUUCCAUCUUGCAAUUUCUAUCUUGCUGCUUAUAUCCUGUAGUAAUUUUAUCUCUGUAAUUGUAAAAAGUUAUAUUUGACUGGGAUUAUGUAACGAUGAUGUCAUACUUCUUUCCAUAGUGUUGCUGUUGCCUUAUAAAAUAAAGGUGGUGAGCUCA